AUGGCCAAAAAACGCUGGAUUGUUAUUACACUAGAGUCGUUGCAAUACUAUCGUGAAAAAGAUGACACUAAGGUAGCAGGUUCCGUAUCAUUAAUUGGUUGUACUAUUAAUGAACUUUCGAUAGAAAAUGGGGAACAUCGAUUUGAAAUAUCCAAUCCUCCUGACAAUCAUGUCAUUAGUUCCAAUACUGCUAAAGAUAUUGAAGAUGCCAUAAAAGCUAUUAGGAAAGGAAUGGAUCAAAGAGAAAAUGCAGUUUUUGGUCAGAGAUUAAGCCAAGUGAUACGCCGCCAAAGUACUACCUUAUCCAAAGGUUCUAUUCCCAAUGUUGUACGAGAGAGCGUCAAGUUUAUUCGAUCAACAGGCUUGGACGAGGAAGGUCUUUUCCGCCUUCCUGGCAAUACAAAUAAAGUUAAAGACCUUAAGGCGCAUUUCGACGAAGGAAUUGAUUAUAUCAUACCAGAAGAGACUGAUAUUCAUACCGUCGCAUCAUUACUAAAACUCUAUCUACGAGAAUUGCCAGAAUCAUUGAUUCCGAGUGAAAAUUAUGAUUUAUGUGUGAUAGCUAUCAAUACAUAUGAUGCAAAUAAGUUUAAAGGUAUCAAUCAAAUCAUUCAAAUACUAAAUGAAAUUCCAAGUGUAAAUUAUGACCUUGUCAAGUUCCUUAUGAAAUUUUUAAAUGAUGUGCAAGAAUAUUCAUCGAUGAAUAAAAUGGAUAUUGAUAACUUAUCUACCGUAUUUGGACCCAAUAUGCUGACCGUUAAUUUCCAUGACCCUGAAGUGCUAAUGAAAAGCACCAAAAUGUUGGCUGACAUUACGAAAGUUUUAAUUCGACAUUAUAAUGACAUUUUUGUCAUCAGUGCUUCGAAACCAGAUGGCAGCGAUCAGAGCAGAGAAAGUACUAUAUCAGAAGACAUUUAUCAAGAUUUGGAAGUUGCUAGUUCGCAGUUAUGUAAGUCGAAAGUUAUUGCUCAUAAUAAUAACAACUAA